AUGAUAAUCGAUAUUUCAACUGCAAACCCUGCUCAGAUCGUCCAUAAAGCUGUCACUGUAAACAAACUAGAGAAUGGCACGGAGGUUUACAACCUCCUAGCCAUCACCGACAUGGACAAGGACGCUAGAUCAGGGACAGACUGGACGUGGAGAGCAGUCACAAGGAAGGGAAAAUUGGCAAUCAGCGAGGAUAAGAAAAAGGUGUCAAUAAGCUGGGAAGCGGGUUCGGAUCGGAAUCUAACCACACAAUUGAAUUCGAAAGGACGUGCAAUGGAACUGUCGGAUUUGUCUGAGUUUAACGGUCGACUUAUUUCACCGGAUGACAAGACAGGAAUUCUUUACGAAAUUAGAGACAAUAAGGCGAUUCCAUGGUUAUUCCUUAAUUCUGGACCUGGUGACACCACGAAAGGGAUGAAAGCCGAAUGGACAACCAUAAAGGGCAACUAUCUCUACGUCGGCGGUCACGGAAAGGAGUUCAUAAGCGAUAAUGGAACUGUUCUCAGUGAAGACGAUAUGUGGAUCAAAAUUAUUUCCAAGCGUGGAGAGGUUAAAAGUAUUAACUGGAAGAAUGAGUAUAUAAGGGUCCGUGGAGCUGUCAAUAUCACCGCGCCAGGUUACUUAAUUCACGAAGCAGUACAAUGGUCCGCACAGCACCGAAAGUGGUUCUUCCUUCCAAGGAAAGAAUCGCAGACAAUUUAUAAUGAAGUAGAGGACGAAAAAAAAGGCACUAAUCUGCUAAUCAUCGGAAAUCCCGCUCUCAAAAACUUCAAAGUUGUUAGAAUAGGAAAACUCACCAAUCCUGAACGCGGAUUUUCAGCUUUUGAAUUUAUUCCUGGAACGAAAGACCAACUUAUAGUUGCGUUGAAAUCGGAGGAGGUCGACAAGAGUCCACCAGCGAGUUACAUUACGGUGUUCGACAUUGACGGCAAUGUUCUCCUCGAGGAUCAGAAACUCGAGGAUCAGUUCAAAUUCGAAGGAAUUUAUUUUGUUUAA